UAAUCUAUUCUCAUCUAAUAUCGGUUCACGGGACAACGACGCUUUUUUCUGCUACAUUUGUUUAUUUUGUACAAAAAUGUAUUGAAUGAGUCUAAUUUCGGAGCUAGUUGUACUAUUGAACAAUUACUUAUGUGCGUGAAAAGUUAAACUUUCUCACAAGUUACAUCAAAAUGCCACUAAUAAUAGUAACUGGUAUACCAUGCAGCGGCAAAACCAUGAGAAGCCUCGAACUUAAGAAUUACUUCGAGGAGAAGUUGAAGGAUAGUACGCAAAACGUGGAGAUAAUCAGCGAGAGCAACACAAUAAUCCAAACGGGCUACAAUAAAAAUACAUAUUUUGCAGAUUCGAAAAAGGAGAAAGCUAUUAGAAGUUCAAUCAAAUCAGACAUUCAACGUAAACUAGACUCAAACAACUUAUUGAUAUUUGAUGGCAGCAAUUAUAUCAAAGGAUAUCGAUACGAAAUAUAUUGCACGACCAAAUUGUACAAAACUCCUCAGUGCACAUUGCAUUGUAAUUUGCCAAUUGACCAAGCUUGGCUUUGGAACAGUAAACGAGUUGAGUCGGAUCGAUACAACAGGGAAAUUUUUGAUUCACUUGUAUCUAGAUAUGAAGUACCAGAGACUACAAACCGAUGGGAUUGUCCACUUUUCACAAUUAUGCCUGAAGACACUUUAAUGUGUGACGAGAUUUAUUGCUAUCUCUACAAAGGCAAAUUACCAAAACCAAAUCUGAGUACUCAAAAUCCACCAUUAGCUUCCACGAAUUAUCUACACGAAUUGGAUAAUAUAACGAAAGAUGUGAUAAACGUGAUACUAUCAAUGCAACAACUGGGAAUAAACAAUGAUAUAAAAAUACCAGAUUCUAGUGUAAAUUUAGAACGCGCAACCGCACCGUCAAAACUUGCAAUGUUAAGAAGACAGUUUAUAACUUUUAGUAAAAUGCAACAAAAUGAAGUGAAUAAUAUUGCAACGUUAUUUGUACAAUAUCUCAAUAACAAUAUACGGUAAAACUGAAUUUGUAUAUCUGUAUGCGCGCGAAUGCACAUAAUAUGAUUUUAUAUACACACAUAUG